GCGCACCCCCUCCGUUCCCGCCCAGCUCCUCUCUAUGGUAACUUCCGCUUCCGGCGCUGCCUCGCUCUGGUCCCUGCGGCUGGCGGCCGAGCCUUGUGCCUCCGCCAUAUUGUCUGUGUGCGCCCGGCGGGCGGCGGCUCCGGCAGUUGGAAGAAUCUUGAGGCCUGCCUGAGGCCUUUCUCCCCUGUCCAGCCUCGGAGUUCGGGUAGCCCCUGGUUUCAGACAUCUCCUCACUCCCACCUGCCAACCUGUCUGAUAUGUCGGGACCCGUGCCGAGCAGGGCCAGGGUUUACACGGAUGUGAACACACACAGACCCCGGGAGUACUGGGACUACGAGUCGCAUGUUGUUGAGUGGGGGAAUCAAGAUGACUACCAGCUAGUUCGCAAGUUAGGCCGGGGCAAAUACAGUGAAGUAUUUGAAGCCAUCAACAUAACAAAUAAUGAAAAAGUAGUUGUUAAAAUUCUGAAGCCUGUUAAAAAGAAGAAAAUCAAGCGUGAAAUCAAGAUCUUAGAAAACUUGCGAGGCGGUCCCAAUAUAAUCACUCUUGCAGAUAUAGUAAAAGACCCUGUGUCUCGGACCCCUGCUUUGGUUUUUGAACAUGUAAACAACACAGACUUUAAGCAAUUAUACCAGACAUUAACAGAUUAUGAUAUUCGAUUCUACAUGUAUGAGAUUUUGAAGGCUCUAGAUUACUGCCAUAGCAUGGGAAUCAUGCACAGAGAUGUGAAACCUCACAACGUCAUGAUUGACCAUGAGCACAGAAAGCUUAGACUAAUAGACUGGGGUUUGGCUGAAUUCUAUCACCCUGGCCAAGAGUAUAAUGUCAGAGUGGCUUCCAGAUAUUUCAAAGGACCUGAGCUCCUGGUAGAUUAUCAGAUGUAUGAUUACAGUCUGGAUAUGUGGAGCUUGGGUUGCAUGUUGGCUAGUAUGAUAUUCCGAAAGGAGCCAUUUUUCCAUGGCCAUGACAACUAUGAUCAGCUGGUGAGGAUAGCCAAAGUGCUGGGCACAGAAGACCUCUAUGACUACAUUGAUAAAUACAACGUCGAACUGGAUCCACGUUUCAAUGACAUCCUGGGCAGACACUCCCGUAAGCGAUGGGAGCGCUUUGUUCAUAGCGAGAACCAGCACCUGGUGAGUCCAGAAGCUCUGGAUUUCUUAGAUAAGCUGUUGCGAUAUGAUCACCAGUCACGACUCACAGCAAGAGAAGCCAUGGAACACCCCUACUUCUAUCCCAUUGUGAAAGACCAGGCUCGGAUGAGCUCCUCCAACAUGCCGGGUGGCAGCACUCCUGUCAGCAGUGCGAGUAUGAUGUCAGGGAUUUCCUCAGUGCCAACACCUUCGCCCCUUGGACCUCUAGCAGGCUCGCCCGUCAUUUCUGCCACCACCACGCUGGGGAUGCCCGUUCCAGCUGCUGCCGGCGCUCAGCAGUAGUGAUGGGCUCUGCCGAGUCAGGUGGGGAAGAGGUUUCCCCCUCCGCCUCUCCUCAGGACGCAGCUCGUGCCUGGCAGGGGAAGGGAGGGGAUGAACGCUUUGGAGGCACCGUGUCUGAACUGUUGCUUGUGGAUUUAUAGUAGUUCAGUCAUUAUAUACAAAAUUAUUAUAGGCUGAUUUUUUUCUUUUUUUUUUUUUUUUUUUUUUUUACUUGAACUUUUCGUAACUCAGGGGAUUCCCUGAAAAUACCUACAGAUGGAAUAUUUCUUGGACAGUUUCCCACCCCACCCCACCUCACCCACUCCCCUCCCCCUUAAAAAAAAAAAACACAAAAAAACACAAAAAACUCCUCAUUUAAGAACAAAGCCGAAUCGACAGCAUUUCCCAGCUCUUGCAUCCUGCUGGAAAUCUCUCCACCUUCCCACAUUCCUCCUCCACCAGCCUAAGGCCCUGGGGGCUCGUGCUGCCCGGAGCCCCCCACCCCAGGUCUCCGUGAGGCAGGAGGGGGGGGCUCCUGCACCCCGGUUUUGCUCGGGGCCCGCUGAGGAGACACCCCCGGUGCACAGAGAGGUGGCUUAAGUCUAAAAGAUGCCUCUAAACCUCUAAAAGAUUGACUCCUGGCUCCCCCACGGUGCCGCCUCACCCCUUUGCAUGUAAUUUUAGUCUUAAAACCACGGAAUUACGAACCAGGAGGUUCCUCAACCACCACGCUCCUCAUCCCACUGCUGCUCGGGGGGAGGAGGCAGCGCCCUGCUCUGCUCCUUUCCCCCCCCCCCCCAGGACCUUUCCUACCCCUCAAGCUCCCCAUUUCUUCUCAACAAAUCUCAUUUUUAAGCCAUUUCUCUAGGUUUUGAACCCGUGGCUACCUGAGAGCUGCAGCACCCGGGGUCAGACCCAAACCCCCCCAAAUUCUGCACCCCCAAAUUGUUCGCCCCCAUCCCAGCCUGUGCCACGGGUGGAGGCCACCGGUGCCCUGGGUGUCCCCUCAGUGUCCCCUUUCAGUCCCCUCACGGUGCCCGGGGGGCCAGGAGCCAGCAGCAGCCACCGGGUGCCCUGGGUGGGGGUCCCUCAGUAACCCCCCCCCCCUUUAUCCCGGCCCCGCUGUGUAUAUAAUCUCUUUGUCCUUCAUAUGUGAAAGCUCCAGUGUUGGAAUUUUGGUGUAAAUAAACAUUUGGUUUUAUUUAUCGAGGU